AUGGAACAGGCGUUUGCUGCUGUUGCUGCUGCAGCAGCAGACGCAAAAACAGCAGCAGAAGCAGCAGAUGCAGCAGCAGCAGAAGCAGCAAAUACAACAUCAAGAGCAGCAACAAACUCAGCAGAAGAUACAGCAACCGCAGCAGCAGAAGAUACAGUAGCAAAUGCAGCAGCAGCAGCAUCAACAGCAGCAGAAGCAACCGCCGCAACGGCAACAGCAGCAGCAGAUACAGCAGCACAUGCAGCAGCAACAGCAGCAGCAGCAGCAGCAACACACGUGCUGAGUGUCUUCGUAGAUAAUCGAUUGAAGCGGCUGCGGGUUGUGGGGCGGCAGCAGCACUUCACAGCCUCCAGGGACCUGAACGCAGCAACUGUAUAUAUCCAGCAGCAGCAGCAGCAGCAGCAGCAGGAACAGCAGCAGCAGCAGCAGCAGCAAAGAGAGGGUGAAUCUCCUUGCAGCGUUCAGCAGAAGCUGCAGGAGCUGCUGCAUCAGCUGCAUCAGCUGCAGCAGCAAGAGCAGCAGCAACGACGCCAGCAACUCCAGCAGGCUGCUUUAGAGCCGACAGCAGCAGCAACAGCAACAGCAACAGCAACAGCAGCAGCAGCAGCAGCAGCAUGGGACUUGGAUCUGUCGAGAAACUUUUUAAAAGAGUUUGAUUGGGGGGUUGCUGCAGCAGCGCUACAGUCUCUGGGGCUGUUGCUUCCUGCAGCAGCAGCAUCAACAUCACCAACAGCAUCACCAGCAGCAGCAGCAGCAGCAGCAGCAGCAGCAGCAGAUAAGUUGUGGAGUAUCUCUUUAGCAGCAAACGAGAUUUCUUCUUUGCCCGCACUUCAUUCAGGCCCUAUCCUCAAAAAUUUAAGAGAGCUGCGUCUUAACUACAACAAGCUAGACUCUCUCUGCUGCUGCUGCAGCAGCAACAGCAGCAGCAGCAGCAGCAGCAGCAGCAGGGAGAGUGCAGCAGCAGCAGAUGGCUGCUUCACGCUGCUGCUGCCGCACUUAGAAGUGUUUGAUUUGAAGUAUAAUCGCCUGCAAAAUAUCAACGGCUUGUCUUUGGGUUGCAACCAGAUAAGCAGCAUUGAGGAGCAGCAGAUGCCGUCUCUACCUCAGCUUCUUUCUUUUAAUUUAUUUAAUAAUAAUUUAACUGCUACAGCAGACUGCAGUAGCAGCAGCAUCAACAACAGCAGCAGCAGCAACAGCAACGACAACAACAGCAGCAGCAACAGCAGCAAGAACAACAACGACAGCAGCAGCAGCAGCAGCAGCAGCAGCAGCAGCAGCAGCAGCAGCAGCAGCAACAGCGACAGCAGCAGCAGCAGCAACAGCGACAGCAGCAGCAGCAGCAACAGCAACAGCAGCAGCAGCAAACUAACAAGCGAAAGCAACACACACAUACAGCUCAAGGCCCUCCUCUCGCUGCUGCACAACCGACUCCCUAACCUCCAGCAGCAUACAGAAGGAAGGGGGGCCCCCAGAAGCCACCCCACAGGUGUGGGGCCGCAGAAGACUAAGAAGGCUGGGAUCGUCUCCUCCCAGGGGAUCGUCUCCUCCCAGGGGAUCGUCUCCAUGAAGGCCCUAGCCAAACUCAGGGCCCCCAGUAAGGGGGGCAGCAGCAAGAAGCAGCAGCAGCAGCAGCAGCAGCAGCAGCAGCAGAACGGGAAGCACAGAAAGAGUGCUCUCUCUAACCAGCAGCAACAGCAAAAACAGCAGCAGCAGCAGCAGAAUCAGCAACGCCCAACGAAGUAUAAACACCAGCAGCAGCAGCAGCAGCAGCAACAGCAGCAGCAGCACAGCAGGCCCUUCUACACCCCAGUCUCAUUACCUGCUGGGUACAGCAGCAGCCGCCUUAUAAUAAAAAACCUGCCUCCAUUUCUUACUGAAGCAGCACUAAAGGAGCAUAUUGCUGCUGCAUGCAGCAGCAGCAGCAGCAGCAGGAAGGGCAGCAGCAGCAGCAGCAGCAGCAGCAGCAGCAGCAGGGGCAGCAACAUAACGGACUGUGUUAUUAAAAGAAAUAAAGAAGGUAGAAGCAGAGGGAUUGCAUUUGUGGGGUUAGAAACAGAAGCUGCUGCUGCUGCGCUGCUGCAGCAGCUCAAUGAUACGUACAUAUACACCCGAAAGAUAGAAGUUAACUACGCUCUCCCUCGGGCGUUUGCUUCUGCUGCUGCUGCUCCUGCUGCUGCUGCAGCUGAGGCUGCCUCAGCUAAGAAUGCAGCAGCAGCAGCAGCAGCACAAGAAGCAGCAGCAGCAGCAGCAGCAGCAAAAGCAGCAGGUAGAUGGUCCCACAAGGUCUCCCCAAGGAAAGCGGGUGUCCGCUCAGAGCGGCAGCACAUGCUGUUUGAUGAUGCAGAAGAAGAAGAAGCAGCAGCAGCAGCAGCAGCAGCAGCAGCAGAAGGAGCAGCAGCAGGAGCAGCAGAAAAGGGGGAGGAGACAGCAGCAACUGCUGCUGCUCUUACUGCACUGCUGCAGGAGGACGGGAACGUGGAUGACUUGAAGUGGCUGCAGCAGCAGCAGCAGCAACAGCAGCAGCAGCAGGAGCAGCAGCAGCAAGAGCAGCAGCAGCAAGAGCAGCAGGAGAUGGAGAGACAGCUUCUAGAAAACUUCGGGCGGAUCCUUAUAACUAAUCUGCCUUAUAGCUGCAGCGAAGAAGAUGUGCGGUGUCUCUGUGCAGCAGCAGCAGCAACAACAGCAGCAGAUAUACAGGAAGUGCUGCUGAUGAGUGAUAAAGAGAGCAGAAAGCCCUUAGGAAGAGCUUUAGUAUCUUUUGUCUUUGCUGCUGCUGCUGCUGCUGCACUUCACAAGAUCAACGGGAUGGUGUAUAGGGGACGCAUUCUUGCUGCAGCAGCAGCAUACCCCAAGCAGCAGCAGCAGCAGCAGCAAGCUGCUACCACAGAAAAAAGCAGCUACAAAAAGAAACAGCAGCAGCAGCGGCAGCAGCAGCUGCAGCAGCAGCAGCAGCAAAAGAGCUGGAAUCUGCUAUAUCUGCUGCCUUCUGCAGCAGCAGAUGCAGCAGAGAUGGAUCUCUCCCUUUCGAAGCGGCAGAUGCUGCUGCAGCAGAAGCAGCAGCAGCAGCAGCACGCAACUCCUGCAGCAGCAGCAGCACUUGCUGAGACACAUGUGCUGCAGCAAACAAAGGACUGGAUUGAAAGAGAAGGGCUGAUUGCUUCAGCUUUUAUUCGUAGAGGCCCCACUCUUGCAGCAGCAACACAUGAUGCAGCAGCAGAUGCAGCAGCAGCAGGAGCAGCAGCAGCAGCAGCAGACAACCGCAGCAAAGACACUCUGAUUGUAAAGCAUCUUCCUGCUGCUCGAGUAAAUGAACAUGAGCUAUUAAAUUUGUUUGCGAGGUUCGGAGAAGUCAAUCGCUUCUGUUUGUCUCCUUUAAAGACGCUGCUGGUGGUGCAGUUUGCUGCUGCUGCUGCUGCUGCUGCUGCACUGCGAUCUCUCUCCUAUAGAAUGUAUAAAGGAGUCCCCUUACUAAUUGAAACAUCACCUGUGGCUGUCUUUAAAGAAGAUAUAGAAGCGCAGCAAGAAGCAAACAAAGAAGCUGCUGCUGCUCUUGCUGCUGCUGCUGCCCUCGAAGGCUCCCACACCUCUUCUGCUGCUGCAGCAGCAGCAGCAGCAGCAGCAACAGCACAAACUGCAGCAGCAGAGAAGACAAAGCAGAAGCAGAAAGUACCCACGGACGACACAACAGCAGCAGCAGCAACAGCAACAACAGCAGCAGCAGCAGACGAGGAGGACAAAGAAGAGACUACUCCGCGUGCUGCUGCUUCUUUGUUUAUAAAGAAUUUAAACUUUAAAACAAGUGAAGCAGCAUUAAGAGAAGCAUUUAUGAAUACAGAAGGCUUCAUUGCAGCAAAAAUAAUAACAAAGAAGGGGCCGCAGCAGCAGCAACUCUCAAUGGGAUAUGGUUUUGUUGAGUUUGCUUCUGCUGCAGCAGCAGCAGCAGCAGCAAAGCAGCAGCAAGGCCUCAUUAUAGACGGACACCUGCUGCAAAUCUCCCUCGCCAAACCCCGCCACAGCAGCAGCAGCAGCAGCAGCAGCAGCAGCAGCAGCAGCAGCAGCAGCAGCAAGAAGAGCAACAAGCUAGUUGUGAAGAAUGUAGGGUUUGAAGCCUCAGCAAAAGAUUUAAGAGACUUGUUUAGCCCCUUUGGAGAUAUUGUGUCACGGUGUCUGCAAAACACGUUAGAGACCCCUUCUCGUCUGCAGCUGGUUUUAGCUUCCUGCAGCAAAUCGAAUGUCUGGCUGGUGCAGCAGCAGCAGCAGCAGCAGCAGCAGCAACAACAGCAACAACAGCAGCAGAGAUGCAGCAGCAGCGAUGCAAACGAUCCAAGUAAAGCAACCGGAAGCAGCAGCAACAGCAGCAGCAGCAGCAGCAGCAACAGCAGCAGCAGCUCCCCCGCGGAAGGUUACACCAACAGCAGCAGCAGCAGCAGCAGCAACAGCAGCAGCAGCAGCAGCUACUUUGCUUUAAAGGAGGUUUCUUUAAAUGCAGUUAAAUCUCCUAAACAAGCAGAGCAUCUGUGGGGAGAGAGAAGAUGUCUCGAAACAAUCAAAGGCCUGCCUUCUCUUCACGAACGCUGUCAUCAACUGCCCCGGGCCUCUUCAUUUUGCGGCACUCUUCAUUCUAUGGCUCCUGAAGUUGCAGCCCUGGGCCCUGGGGGCCCCCCAAGGGGCCCCCAAGGGGCCCCCACCGCAGGGGCCCCUCAGGAGGCCCUAUCGGGGGCCCCUCAGGGGGCCCCCCACUCAAAGGCCCCUAUAGGGGUCCCUCAGGGGGCCCCCAUCAAAGGGAACCCUGAGGGGCCCCCCACCAUAGGGGCCCCUGAGGGGGCCACCAAGACAGAGGCCCCUGAGGGGGCCCCCUGUACACCGGAGGCCGUUGAAGAGGCCCCUUGUAUCAAAUCUGCUGCAGGAGGCAGUGGGGGCCCCUCAGGGGGGCCCCCUAUAGAAGGGUUUAGUUUGGGGCCCCCUGAAAGCAAAGCUGCUGGUGAAGGGUAUUUAGGGGCCCCUGUGGAUUGGUGGGGCUUAGGCGUGCUGCUGUACGAAUGCCUUGCUGGCACCGCUCCAUUUGGCUACAAAGACUAUGAAAAAGAUCCGUCGUUGCGUAUCGCUGACUUGGCUGCUGCUGCUCCGGACUCUGUCGAAUUUCCAGCAGGGUUUCCAGAGGAAGCAAAAGGCAUUAUCAAGGCUCUGCUGCAGGCAGACCCUUCGGUGCGUUUAGGAACAAAGGGAGGCGCAGCAGAAGUAAUGCAGCACCCGUUUUUUUCUGAUGUCCCUUUUAAUUUGAUUGAAAAUAAAUUUGAGAGUGAAGAAGAAAAAGAAGAGACAGCUGCUGCUGCUGCUGCUGCUGCUGCUCUUGCUGCUGCUGUACCGCCGGCUGAUAAGAGUUUGUUUAUAAAAGAACUUCUUCAGGAGACACCGCAAGAAAAAUAUGAAGAAGAAGAAGAAGAAGAAGAAGACGAAGACCCCUUCAAAGACUUUUAA